AUGUCUGACCCUUCCGCCGAGCUCGAAUCCAGGCUGCGCAGUCUGGCCAUUGGCGAAAAAGGACCGGUGCAGGACAUCCUACGCCCCAACCACGAAGACCAGCUCUGCGUCCAAGACCAAGAAGGCGAAGAAACCUGUCGCGGAUUCCUGGGAGGACGAGGCGGAAGGGGCCUCUCAGAUCCUCCACCGACGCCUAUUUCGCCGCAGACGUCGCAGCAAUGGGGUCCCGCGGUGUCGGCACCCCCGUCCGCUGGAUCGGGCGGUCCUGCUCGUCGGCCAGAGAAACAGACUGCUGUGGCUGGCCGCAUGAUUGCUGGUGCGUUGGGGAUUCGGGCACCUAAGCGCACCGAGGAACAGCGUGCCUAUGAUCGUGCCACUAAGGAGCAGGAGAUCAAGCGCCGGAACCGCGAGCGCGAGGAGCAGGCCAAGGCUAAGGAGGAAGAGGAGCGCGUCAAGGCUUCUGUGUGGACGGAUUAG